CUCACAUCAAAAUUCUCAAGUCGAGCACUUAACACAUCCCCCAACACCGCAUCAAGGGAAGUAAGACAGUCCACACAGUCGGCAGGCAAGAUGAAGCAGAGAUUCUCAUCAUUGGACGUCAAGGUCAUCACCCGCGAGCUUGAAUCCGAACUCGUCAACCUGCGUAUUUCCAACAUCUACGACCUUUCAUCUAGAAUCUUCCUCGUCAAACUCUCCAGACCAGACCACCGCAAACAACUCGUCCUUGACUCCGGUUUCCGCUGCCACACCACAAAAUACUCCAGAACAACAGCUACUGCCCCAUCCCCCUUUGUCACAAGGCUUCGCAAGUUUCUCAAAUCCCGCCGGGUCACCUCAGUCAAGCAGAUCGGGACAGACCGCAUCAUUGACAUCACGCUCAGCGAUGGCGCGUAUCAUCUCUUUCUGGAAUUCUUCGCGGGGGGCAAUAUUAUCCUUACGGAUGGGGAGUAUAAUAUCCUCGCUCUAUUCAGACAUGUUCCUCCCUCUGAGGGGCAGGAGGAGGUGAAGAUCGGGUUGAAGUAUAAUGUGGCUAAUAAACAGAAUGUUGGUGGGGUACCUGCCAUUACGACGGAGAGGGUGCGAGAGGCUAUAGAGCGGGCGCUGGGUGCCGCUACGGCGGCGGAGGGGGAAGUUGGCGCGGGGGGAAAGAAGUUGAAGGCGAAGAAGAAGCAGGCUGACCUUUUGCGGAGGGCUCUUUCGGCGGAGUUUCCUGAGUAUCCGCCUUUAUUGCUCGAUCAUGCCUUUGUCGCUAGGGGGUUGAUUCGGGGGGCAUCCUUAGAGCAGGUUCUGGGGGAUGAGGGACUGCUGUUGAAGGUGAAAGGUGUCCUGGAGGAGGCAGCGAGCGUGUCGCAUGCCCUUGUUACUGGCGGGGGUCAUCUUGGGUAUAUCAUUGCGAAGGAAGAUACGCGUUCUGCGACUGCUGUUGAGGGUGCUACGGAUGGGACAGCGCCCGCGAAGAGACAUAACUUGCUCUACGAGGACUUCCAUCCUUUCAGGCCGAAACAGUUCGAGGAUCAACCUGGUCUUACCAUUCUCGAAUUCGAUAGCUUCAAUGCUGCAGUUGACGAGUAUUUCUCCUCUCUGGAAUCACAGAGGCUAGAGUCGCGACUGACAGAACGUGAAGAGGCGGCGAAGAGAAAGCUUGAAUCGCUACGGCGGGAUCAUGAAAAUCGGAUCGGCUCUCUCAAGCAGGUCCAGGAACUACAUAUCCGCAAAGCUGAGGCUAUCGGCGACAAUAUGCUUAGAGUACAGGAGGCUAUGGAUGCUGUUAAUGGUCUAAUCGCGCAGGGAAUGGAUUGGGUUGAGAUCGCGCGCCUGAUCGAGAUGGAGCAAGGAAGGGGCAAUCCCGUUGCCAGGCUCAUCAAGUUACCGUUGAAGCUAUAUGAGAACACGAUUACACUCAUCCUGGGAGAAGCUAAUGAUGAGCUGGACGAGGAGAAUGAACUCUUCUCAAGUGAUGAAGAAUCGGAUGAGUCUGAGGCAGAAGAGGAGGAGGAUGCUGCCAGAACCUCGCAACGUAGGCCUGAGCCACUGGCUAUCGACAUUGAUCUCGGAUUAUCUCCAUGGGCGAAUGCAACGCAGUACUACGAACAGAAGAAAAGCGCCGCAGUGAAACAGCAGAAGACACUUGAGUCCUCUGUUAAGGCACUCAAAAGCCACGAGAAGAAAGUGACGCAGGAUUUAAAACGGACGUUGAAACAGGAAAAGCAGGUUCUUCGACCUUCGAGGCAGCCAUUCUGGUUUGAGAAGUUCAUCUUCUUUGUCUCCUCGGAGGGUUACUUGGUUCUAGGUGGCCGUGACGCUCUCCAGAGCGAAAUGCUAUACAGGCGUUACCUCAAAAAGGGCGACAUUUUCGUUCACGCGGAUUUGAAAGGCGCUACACCUGUCAUCGUCAAAAAUAGACAGGGAAAUCCCGACUCGCUCAUAUCGCCAAGCACGCUUUCGCAAGCGGGAACUCUUUGCAUCGCUACGUCAAGUGCCUGGGAAUCCAAGGCAGUGAUGUCUGCUUGGUGGGUCCAGGCUGAUCAAGUAUCCAAGAGCGCUGGUCCUGCUGGUAUUUUGCCCACGGGAGAGUUCGCAGUUAAGGGUGAGAAGAAUUUCCUGGCACCUUCACAACUGGUUCUUGGAUUGGGUGUCAUGUUUCAAAUAAGCAAAGAGAGUGUGCGGAAUCAUAAAGGUCAGCUGUUCGAUCAGCUUGAGCCGGUGGAACAACCUGUCACGAAUUCCAGAAUGGCAGAUUCUGAGAAAGCAGACCUGGUGGCUGAAAGCAAAACAUCAUCUGCUGAGGAGAACCCUGCGGCAGAUACGACAGGCCAUGCAGAAGGUGUGAAUGAGCAGCAGAGACAGGAGCAAAGCUCCGAGUCAGAGGAUGAGGAACACCCCAAUGGAAGCCGCCUAGAGAAUCCACUACAGCCAAAUACUUCCGAACCUUCUGAUCCUGGCAACGGUGUCGCUGAUAAAAUAGUCGACAGUGAGUCUGAAGCAGAAGAUGAACACGAAAAAGAGGAGGGAACAGAAGCGGUGUAUGGAGUAGAGGGGAACACUGAGCGGGAAGCAGCCCCAGGAAAUGGUGAGGUUCCGUCAGACGACAAACAUGCUGCUCCUCGACCUGGAGACAAACGACAUCUCUCUGCACGAGAACGACGCCUGUUGAGAAAAGCAAAGCCACUCGAGCCUUCUGAAUCUGGAAAACCUGUUGCUAGCGAAACUUCAUCCACGAUCGGCGAAGCCCCAUCCAUGCCCACGACGACAGAUAAACCCCAACCGGCAGGUAAGCCAGCACCUGCUCCAGCUCGUGGAAAGAAAGCCAAAGGCAAAAAGGCCACGUCCAAAUACGCCUACCAGGAUGAGGAAGAGCGUGAACUUGCUCUUCGUCUACUCGGCGCCAAUAACGCCAAGGCGCAAAAGGCCGCCGCCGAUUCAGCGACCAAAGCAGACCGAGCGCGCGAAGCCGAGCUACAGAAACAACGCCGUAGAGCCCAACAUGAUCGCGCCGCAGAAGCGGAGCGGAAACGACAAGCUCUUUUCGAGGAAGGCGAGCAAGAUGAAGAAACAGCAGUGGCAGAGGCAGCCGACCUUUCUUGGCUCCCUGCAUUGAUCGGGACUCCAAUACCCGAAGACGAGAUCCUGGCUGCGAUACCCGUCUGCGCACCCUGGGCAGCAUUAGGACGGUACAAGUACCGAGUGAAAUUGCAGCCAGGCUCGGUGAAGAAGGGGAAAGCCGUCAAAGAGAUCGUCGGACGGUGGGUUGCAGAGACGACCACGGGGAAGGUCAAGAAGGAGCAUGCCGAAGAUGCGGGAAUCAGUCGGGCUGUUGCAGAGGAACUACGUGCUAAGGAAGGGGAGCUGAUCCGGGGAUGGAAGGACUCGGAGAUUGUGAAUUCGGUGCCUGUUGGAGGGGUUCGGAUAAUGUUUGGAGCUGCUGGAGGGGGAGGCCGUGCAGAUGGGAAAGGGAAGGGGAAAGGAGCUGGUGGCAAAGGAGGAAAGGGAGGGAAGAAGAAAUAGAUAUGUAUCAAUAUUUAUGUAGAUAGAUAUAUAUAGAUAUAUAUCCCUUUCGCUGGUCAUGAACUCUGCGUCUAGUAGACAAAACUACAUCCAGAAUAUCCAAAGAAGAUGCACCUUCUUAAAUAAGUCAAACACUCACCCCUUAGGCUGCUCCCAGAGAAGCGGACGAACCUCCUCCAUGCGUGUAUCCAGGUACAUCUUUUGCGCAUGGAAUGACAAGAUCAAAUCCCUUGACUGUUUUCAGACCUGGCAGCUUCACAUCCUUUUCAACCGCCAGCCUCAUUAUCCCAUGGGGCUAUCAUGAAAGAUACACACUGAAGUGC